AUGAAUACCACAGACAAAAUUGUUCGAUUGCGGCACAAUUUAAAAUGUCAUGUUCGAAUUCACUUUAAUAAGAAAUAUCCCGUAGACAUCAAUGAUUUGUUAUUCUCUACCCAGCGGGACUUACACGCGGUUGCUUUUUUAAAUCAAGGAAAUGUUCGCACAGUUUAUGAUGGAAAAGUAAUAGACGUGUAUUCCGAAGCUGUGCAAGGACAUGCAUUGGUGGAAAUAGGUCGAAAAUUUGUGCAGCCAAAAGAACCACAAGAUGAAGAAGACAAAGACCAGAAGCCAACGUUGGAACUUCAGUAUCAAGGCUCAAUGUCAAACAAAGUCGUUCAUGUCGCCGUGAAGGGCGCUCUUUCGUCUUCGUCUUGA